CGCGCACUGCAGCCGUCUUACCCCAUCGGCACGCCGUCUUAUGCUGUCUUAUGUCUGGAUUGCAGGCUGGACUGAGAAAUGCGGCUGGUGGCUGGACGACCCCUCGGACGACUUCUGCUACCUGAUGAUCCGCCAGCCCACCAAGACCUGGCAGGAGGCGCAAGCCGACUGCAAAGGCCGCCAAGGGAACCUGCUCAGCAUCGCCGACUCGGACGAGCAGGGCUUCGUACGCGGUAUCGCCAAGAUUCUGAUGGGUGAUGCCUCCCUGUGGUUGGGCGCCGACGCCUCCAUCAAGCGUGACGGCGACAAGUGGACUGACGGAUCCCCCUUCUCUUACCUCCGCUCGAGUGCAGGUCGGGCUGAGGCGGUUGUCAGCUGCACUUUGGAGGAACGGAUGAGCGCUCAGAUCUUGUCUCCCUCCCUCCAGGUGUCGCUGAAGGGGGGAAAUGUCUUUCCUUGCUCACUGGCAGCGGCGACUGGAAGCGCGACAAGUGCGACGAGAAGAGAGGCUACGUCUGCAAGAAAAGAGGUAAGUGAGAUGUGAC